CCAAAACCAGCCCAAACUCAGGUGGCUGCCGGGCCAACUUCAAAACGAGCUCGCUCCACUUCAAAGCAAAUAAACAGAAUCAAAUUUUCCCGACGAUGGUGAGAUUGUGCCGUGGGUGUCGCAUAUCGCACGACUGUGUGCUGCAGAUCAAUGUGGUGCUGCUGCUGGCCGGGCUCAUCUUUCUGAUGGAUGUGUUCAACCACAUGUACGUGAAGUACACACUCCUCCGGGAGGCCACCGUCUUCCCGGGCGUCCUAAUGGCCUGGAUGUUCAUGAUGCGCUUCCUCACCACGGCGGGGUACAUCCUGAACGCCAUCGUGGGCAUCCGCUUGGCCCGGUGCCCGGGCCUGAUCAAAUUUGCUAGCUACAUGUUUUUUAGCUUACUGCUGCUGCUGUACACCCUGAGCAUAGCGGCGACGCGGUUUGUGUAUCGAUCACGCUUCGAGCUCUCCGCCACGAGGAUGGCGCUGCUGCUGUGGAGGAACGACAAGAUUGGGCGGCUGGAGGAGGAGCUCGGCUGCUGCGGCCGAAUGGGCCUAAUCGACUACCAAAUCUCAGCCGAGGAACGCCACUGGGCCAGUGGCGCCUGCUGUGGGGAACCGGGCUGCGGGGGCUGCUCCGCGAAGGUGAUCAAGUACCUCUGGGGCAUCGAGGUGGAGGUGGCCCGCGACAACUUCAUCCUGUUCAUAUUGCUCUUGGUGGGGGCGGUAGUCACGAUGUGUCACUACAAAGAUGUGCAGCUAAACACGUUUGGAGAUCCCAACGACUGCGGCCACGAGUCAGAAGAGGAGAAUCAGCAGGAGGAGGAGGAUGAGGAUUCACCCUGGAAGAGCACGAGAAGCGACACUGAGACCGAGGCGAGCACUCUCCAAUGAAUCUUGCUUUGGGCUGAACAGCCAGCCGAACAAAACCAUCCAGCCGUAUUAGCGAUUAAGGGCUAAAUUAACGACCUCUGCCACGGCUCUGGUCAAUUGAACUUUAAUUUAACAUUACUGCCACACCUCCAGCCAGCCAGCCAGCCAGUCAGCCCUGUGUUUGUCUGCUAGCUUGUUGCGGCUCAUUAAUUAGGAGGCCUGGCAGCCUGGGAUAAUGCCAGCACUUAAUUAGCCUUCAAAACGAUUGCCCUGAAAUACAUUUUAAUGGCUUUGGUUCGAGCGUUGAGCGGAACAAUCGAA